AUAAACCGACAUUAGGGUUUCCCUCUCGACCUAAAGAUUGGGCUCCUCUUGCUUAUAAAUCCUCGAUCUACUUCCAUAAAUUCUCUCUCUAAACAAAGAUUCGUUCCCAAAUCCUCGAUUUUCUCAGGCGAUUCGUUCCGUAGAAGGGAGAAGAGCAAUCAUGUACGGGUCCAGAGGGGCAAUGAUGGGGAGCGGGGGGUUUUCAGACGGGUACGAGGGCACAAAGAGGCAACGAAUGACGAACUCAAAUCCCUACUUCGCAGUGAGCAGUGGCAUCAGCGGAGGCGUUCCCGAUGGGUACGAUGCAGACAUUGGGUCAAAGAGGUCGCGGAUGAUGGAUCCACCUGUCAACCCCUACUUUCCUGGACCAGCAAGCAGCUUCUACCCAUCUUUCAGCGGCUAUGGAAUCGGCGGAGGCAGCAGUAGCAUCGGUGGAGGCAGUGGCAGCAUCAACACCAUUUACAAUUUCCCUGUAGUUCGUCUCCGAGGCCUGCCCUUCAAUUGUGAGGAUCUCGACGUCCACAAAUUCUUUGCAGGGCUGGAUGUUGUUGACUGCCUCUUGGUAAACAAGGACGGCCGUUUCUCUGGUGAGGCCUUUGUUGUCUUCUCAUCCCCUAUGCAGGCCGAAAUGGCUCUUGAAAGGAACAGGCAAAACAUGGGCCGGAGGUAUGUUGAAGUCUUCCGAUGCAAGAAGCAGGAUUACUACCAAGCCAUUGCCAACGAGGUGACCGACAACAACGGGGAGUACCGUCGUGCGUCUCCUCCACCCCGUCCAAAAAAGGCUGUUGCAGACGAGGAUAAAGAAAAGAUGGAGUACACCGCGGUGCUCAAGCUCCGGGGGCUUCCCUACUCAACAACAGAGUCUGACAUAGUCGAGUUCUUUGGUGACUAUGAGCUGAGCGAGGAGAAAGUGCAGAUUGCACGCCGUUCUGAUGGCAAGGCAACUGGAGAGGCUUAUGCUGAGUUUCCAUCCGCAGAAGUGGCGAAGAGCGCAAUGUGCAAGGAUAAGAUGACGAUUGGAUCGAGGUAUGUGGAGCUGUUCCCGUCUACCCCUGAGGAGGCGAGGAAGGCUGCAUCAAGAUUCAGACAGUGAGUGCAGCGGAUCAUAAUGGUACGAGAGCUAUAAGAGGUUGACGUCAUUUUUUGCCUGCCUCUUUAGCACAUCAGCAGAGCUUCUGUCAUAUGCAAUACUCUUUUCUUUCUCUAGAUCUUGUUUCUGUUUGGAUGUAACUUUGUGAUGUUAUGGAGAUGGAUGAUAUUAUUUUAUUGUGCUAAAGUAGCAGAGUCGUGGUUGACAGAAUUAUGUGUUCUUCGAUUCGGUUGCUUUGGGUCGUUCUGGAUGUGGCGAUGCCAAAUCUGCCGCUUCGACAAGCAAUUAGUAUUUUGUUGGCUUCUUGUAUGUU